CAGCUCCAAGGGGCACACCAGAGUGGGGGAUGAAGUGUGCUCACCCCAGUCCCAAGUCUCCUGCCCCUCAGUGGGCAUCCGCCUGCAGCUAUGGCCUUGUCUCCUCAGGUCUUGGGACCCGGGGUCCUGUCGGAGCUCUGCACUGGCGGGUCUCACCCCAGCUGGGGAGUCCGGAAGCCCCUGAGGUCACAGAGCCCAGUCGUCUGGUGGGGGAGAGCUCCGGAGGAGAGGUCCGAAAGCAGCAGUUGGACACCAGGGUCCGCCAGGAGCCACCAGGGGGCCCGCCUGUCCACCUGGCCCAGGUGAGUUUCGUCAUCCCAGCCUUCAACUCAAACUUCACUCUGGACCUGGAGCUGAACCAUCACCUCCUCUCCUCACAGUAUGUGGAGCGCCAUUUUAGCCGGGAGGGGACAACCCAGCACAGCACCGGGGCCGGAGACCACUGCUACUACCAGGGGAAGCUACGUGGGAACCCCCACUCCUUUGCCGCCCUCUCCACCUGCCAGGGGCUGCAUGGGGUCUUCUCGGACGGGAACUUCACCUACAUCGUGGAGCCCCGCGAGAUGGCCAGGCCUCAGGAACCCCCCCAGGGACCCCUUCCCCACCUCAUUUACCGGACCCCUCUCCUCCCAGCCCCCCUCGGAUGCAGGGAACCAGGCUGCCUAUUUGCUGCCCCUGCUCAUUCUGCUCCUGUGAACCGGCCGAGGCUGAGAAGGAAAAGGCAGGUCCGCCGGGGCCACCCUACUGUGCACAGUGAGACCAAGUACGUGGAGCUGAUCGUGGUCAAUGACCACCAGCUGUUUGAGCAGAUGCGCCAGUCGGUGGUCCUCACCAGCAACUUUGCCAAGUCCGUUGUGAACCUGGCGGAUGUGAUGUACAAGGAGCAGCUCAAUACCCGCAUCGUGCUGGUUGCCAUGGAAACGUGGGCCGACGGGGACAAGAUCCAGGUGCAGGAUGACCUCCUGGAGACCUUAGCUCGGCUCAUGGUCUAUCGGCGGGAGGGCCUGCCUGAGCCCAGUGAUGCCACCCAUCUCUUCUCGGGCAGAACUUUCCAGAGCACCAGUAGUGGGGCCGCCUACGUGGGGGGCAUCUGCUCGCUAUCCAGGGGUGGGGGUGUGAAUGAGUAUGACAACAUGGGGGCCAUGGCAGUGACCCUGGCCCAAACGCUGGGACAGAACCUGGGCAUGAUGUGGAAUAAACACCGGAGCUCAGCAGGGGACUGCAAAUGCCCGGACAACUGGCUGGGCUGCAUCAUGGAGGACACUGGAUUCUACCUGCCCCGCAAGUUCUCGCGCUGCAGCAUCGACGAAUACAACCAGUUUCUGCAGGAAGGAGGCGGGAGCUGUCUCUUCAACAAGCCUCUCAAGCUCCUGGACCCGCCUGAGUGUGGAAACGGCUUCGUGGAGGCGGGAGAGGAGUGCGACUGUGGCUCGGUGCAGGAGUGCAGCCGUGCGGGCGGGAAUUGCUGCAAGAAAUGCACCCUGACUCACGACGCCAUGUGCAGCGACGGGCUCUGCUGUCGCCGCUGCAAGUACGAGCCGCGGGGUGUGUCCUGUCGAGAGGCGGUGAACGAGUGCGACAUCGCGGAGACCUGCACCGGGGACUCGAGCCAGUGUCCCCCUAACCUGCACAAGCUGGAUGGUUACUACUGCGAUCACGAACAGGGCCGCUGCUAUGGAGGUCGCUGCAAAACCCGGGACCGGCAGUGCCAAGCCCUUUGGGGCCACGCGGCUGCUGAUCGCUUCUGCUAUGAGAAGCUGAACGUGGAGGGGACAGAGCGUGGGAACUGUGGACGCAAGGGGUCAGGCUGGGUCCAGUGCAAUAAACAGGAUGUGCUCUGUGGCUUCCUCCUCUGUGUGAACAUCUCUGGAGCUCCUCGACUGGGAGAUCUAGGGGGGGACAUCAACAGUGUCACCUUCUACCACCAGGGCAAGGAGCUGGACUGCAGGUCUGCAGCAACGAAGGGAAGUGCAUCUGUCAGCCCGACUGGACAGGAAAAGACUGCAGCAUUCACAACCCCCUGCCCACGUCUCCACCCACGGGGGAGACGGAGAGAUAUAAGGGUCCCAGCGGUACCAACAUCAUCAUCGGCUCCAUCGCGGGGGCUGUCCUGGUUGCAGCCAUCGUCCUGGGCGGCACGGGCUGGGGAUUUAAAAACAUCCGCCGGGGAAGGUACGACCCGACCCAGCAGGGGGCAGUGUGACGCCGGCCACGUCAUCCCUCCCGCUGUGCCUGUCUCCUCCAUCUCAUUCGUCACCUCACAUUCUGUCGAUGGGGGAGCCAGGGGCUGCUGUCACUGCUGUCACUACAGGGGUCCGGAGGGGCCUAAGUGCCACCCCCUCCCUCCGAGCCUGGCGCCCACCGUCUCCGCCCUGAACCACGAGGCUGCCCCCGCCCAGCCACGGAGGGAGGCACCAUGCAAAUGUCUUCCAGGCCCAAGCCCUUCAACUCCUGGUUCCAUGGGGGUUUGGGGGGGGGGGGGGGGGUGUGGCCUCGCCCUUCACAUCACCAGGGUGGACCAGGCCUGGGGCCUUUCCCUCAUGGUCCCUCACCCCACCUCAUGCGGCUUUGGCCUUGUACACCAACUCUCCCUGUGUGAAUGUAGCUUCCAUCAUCACGGACUGCCGCAGCUCAAGGUGGGAGGGGGGGCUAGAGGGAUGCCCUCCCCCCAGUGGGCACGGCCUGGGAAGGCCCUUCCUCAAAACCAGGCAGCUGGGACCAGGGUUUUAGCUCUCUGGGACUUAGGGGGAGGGGGCUGACAUCUACACUUUUUUUUAACUGAAUCUUAACUGAUGAAUGUAACUUUGGGGGUGCUGGGGCGAGGGAAGUUGGGAUAUUUUGACAUUUCCAGGAGGGACCAGAGGAACCGAGGCCUGGCCCUUCCCUGGGGCCCUUUCCCUGGAUGAUCACACCUGGAAUCCUCUCAUUGAACAUAGCUGUCCCCAAGCCAUGCAGGGGUAGGGCGUCCUUGCUUGCCCCUCGGCCCAGCCCUGCGGAGCUUGGAGAGCAGAAUGAGCGCUGAUUCAAACCAAAGCUGCCUGUUCUGUGCCCAAGGCCUAAGUCAUGGGUGCGGCGACCACAUGUCCCAGAUUGUCUACAAUUUCAAAGUGACCAUCCUGCUGUCCCUGCCAGGACGCAUGUAUUUGGGGGUCUAGAAAAUACAGUCCCUGAACUAAAAAGGCACCUUCCCCCUUUCAAGAAGGGUGAUUCCGGGGCUGACUCAGGGUUUAGGUGCCCCCACCCCCCACCCCCCCUUGUGGCCUAGAGGUCCCAGGCUGGGCCAUCUCCCCAGGGAGGAUUCUCCCAAGCAGGAAAAGCCAGGGGUGGCCCUGUGACUGGAGGGUGAGGGCUUUUGCCCGCAAUGUACAAGAGGAGGUGAGAAAAGGCAGGUCUCCUAUAUGAUCCUCAGCUUCUAGAAAAGUCCUCAAGGCCCUGUCAAACUCAUUCUGCUCCUUACCCCCAUUCCAGGGCUGAGUAGUAAGUUUACAGUUGUUCUCCCCAUUACGUCCUCCGAUUCCCACUGCAGCCGAGCCUGAGAGGCCGAGGCUGGGCGGGAUUCCUCAGCCCUCCCAUGAACUCAGUCCUGCCCAUGCAUGGCCUUCCCUCAAGACCCAUGGGACAGUGAAGCCUUGGCUCGACUGCUAAAAACCAGCUGGCAAGGGCAAGAUGGGGAUCAAGCUACCUUAUGGGAUGAAAGCCACAAAUGAGCAGAGCCCCUCUCCCCAGGAAUACCCCACCCAGACACAGCAGGGGUUUCUGAACACCCCAGGGCCUUUGAGCUGUUAUAGUCCCUCUGUUUCUGGGACAUCUGUGAGGAGGAAAUGGCUCCCUGUGUAUCUGCACCACCCCUCAGGGCAAACUGGGGACUGAGACCCAUUGACACCCUUUUGGGUGGCCGGAUGUGGCUACGGUGGGGUCCUCAAUACUGCGGUCCAGCUGGCACUGCCCAAGACAAGGGGGAGCGGGGCACCCUCUGGCCAGUCCUGCUCCACCAGCCCCACAAGCAGGAGGGGAAGGGCUGGGGUUUGCACCGCUGCUGCCGUACCGGUACCGGAAGACACUCUGGUGGUACGCGUGUGCACACAGCCGGCGAUGCAUCUGGCACAAGCAUUUGGAUCCACAUCUCUGCACAAGUGUGAAUACCUCUACACACGCAGACAUGCCUGUGUGUGCACACACACGGGAGUGGGCGUGGGGAUGUGGAGGACUCAAGACCUCCUGCGACCAGUCCACCUGGCUCCCAGCCGCCUGCAUCCUCCCGCCCCACCCGGGCCGGGCCCACCCCGGCAGCACCCAGGGAGGAGUGGAGGCUGCCCUGGUCUGGGCCUGGAACUGGCUCCAUACAGCAUCCUGUAAAUAUGUCAUCUGGGGCUCGGGGUGGGGAGGCAGGGACAGGAACAUCAAUUAAAGAUCAUGUCCUGGGGCUUCCAUGGAGCUCACACCAA